AUGAAUCCACCGAAACCAUCUACGACAUCAUCGCAUCAGCCAAUUCCACCAGCUACCUCUCGUCUAUCUACACAAAUAGUUGGUGUUUUAAAUUAUCAUCAUACUAGUCAUAAUGAUCAACGCACACAAGAUCACCAUGAAAUGCUAGAUACAUUAAUUCGACACUGGAUGCCACUAGAUAUUUUAUCACCAGAAGCAUUAGAUGCGGAUCUAAUGCCAGUGUUAUCUGAUACAAGUACUGAAGAUCCUCCUGCACUAUUGGGAAAAAUUAAAAAAGAGUUAUAUCGGAAGAUGAAAAACUUUCUUGAAGAAUUUUUCAAUCAAGAUUAUCGUGAAUAUCCAUAUUCUCGGAAUCUUUCAUGGAGUGUUAGCGAAGAACCAAAAUUAGAGUACACUCUUACUCUGACUAUAAAUCGACCAACGCCGUUUUCUCAAUUUAGACAGUGA